CACAUGUCCUCACAGUCAAACUGCCUGUCACCAGUCGGUACCAUGAUCGGUACACACACUUAGAGCUAGUCUUGUUUACCGGAGCUGUUUAUUCAAAGUUUCACCGCAGAGACUAAUACCGAAAAUAUUCCGGUUUGGAAAUAACUACAAGGACACGACGGUGGAGUUCAUGGUCCUUAAGAACAACUCACAUGCGAUGAAAGGCAUGGACAUCUUCAACGGCACAGAGCCGCGAGGAGCAUCAGACUUUGACCUCAUUCAGGAGAUCAUCACAGAGGACGGGGGAGAGCGGCUGCGAGCCCUCCUGCCCGGCCCCCCCGCUCCUCCUGCUGACCUCUGCCAGCCUCAGAACCACAGGCUGCUCCGGCAGAGCUCCUCUCCGUCCUCUCAGCCCGUGCUGGUGGCGAGAGGCACCGCGUGUCAGUUAUAGGUUUCCUACAUUUCCCAAAAUGACUGUGGGCAACACCCAGAGUACUGGCUCAACUGCAAAUGGGGCGACAACAGGCCUUUAUAACACACAGAUAAAGUUUAAUUAUAUACAAUACAGACCUCUUAUUAUUAAAUAUUGUAAACACAGUUAGAGAAGCAUAAUGUUGCUUUAAUGUCAAGACUUAUUACUAAUAAUUUAGACCGUUAAUAGAAAGUCUACCAUUUUACUCUGUCUGCCAGACUUAUGGCUUUUCCACAGCUUGUCCUUAUCUAACAUAGACUUCAUUCAAAACAAAUGGUCAGUUUACCUACUUGUUGGUUGUCAAAAAUAAUUUCACAAAUGUUAUUAUUUAAGUGAAAUAUUGCGCAAAAAGGACAUGGAUAUAAGUAUUCCAGAUUCUCAAACACACGUUUUUGUUGCUUUGUUGUUUUGUUUUUGUAAUGUAUCUGAUUAGCCUUAAAGUAUAGGAAAGCCUUCAGUUCACACUGUUACCUUGAGCUCUUGAAGCUUGAUGUCAGUUCUCACAAUUUUCUCUGACAUUUUAAAGAUUUAGUGAAAAAGUAUUUGUUGUAUGGAUUUAAUGUUGGUGUAAUUCACUGCAGUGUAGUACACGUGUAGCCUGCAGAGGGCUGGUUGUUGUUGAGAGGAGUAUUCAGGCAGCUCGGGCUCUUACCAUAAAGCACGUGGUUUACGGCUCCGAAGUAAUCUGUAAUCUGAUGACACUGCAGUGAAGAUGUGGCAUUCUCAGAGAGCUCUUAAUGUAAGGCACAAGAAGACGGCCUAAAGUCUUUAUUAGCAAAGGAUCUGCAUGUGAAAUUGCAAAAAUGGGGGUUUUAGUAUUCAAAUAUUGUUUGUUAAGAGGGACUUGUAGCUGUGAUAGAGGCUGACACACCUCCUCCGCAUGCUUUUCUGAGGGAGGAGGCUGACACAGAGAGAGAGGAGGAGUGGAUGGAAAAACUGUAAUAUGACUCCCUUUUUCUGUUUGACGUCCUUUCUGUUUACAAGCCAAACCCACCAAGGGGUGAAAGUUCACAUUCUUCUUCCUGAGACGCUUCUUCAAUUGGUCGAUUGGUUGAGCUGACUUCCUAUUUCCUGUUCGCUGCUCACUCUGCCAGGCUAUUGUUUAGCUCCAGUGUUUUCAGGCUAACAGGUUUGGCCCGGCUUUGACAACAGACGUCUAGUUCUUGACCGGAUAUUGUGAAGCAUGAUCUCAUGCUGAGGCAUCACCCAGAUCUCUGCUGCAGUUUAAUGAGCUCCCAGCCUCAGUUUCUGCUUCACAGGUGACAGAGAGCCAACCUGCACCUUCCCUCAGCCCCCGUCCUGCCCUUCCAGAGAGAUGGCUCAUCCUUCCCGAUCUUUUGCAUCCAGUUCCUCUCGGCGUGGUCGAGGCUCCUCGUGUUCGCUGGCUUCCAAGAGCUCCAGCGGUGUUUCCUCUCAGAACCGCGGAGGCGACAGCGAGAUGCUGGAGCGGCUACUGAACAAGCCCAAGCUGGUGGUGGUGGAGGAGCCCAAGGAGAGAGGCAUGAGGUUUCGCUAUGAGUGUGAGGGGCGCUCGGCCGGAAGCAUCCCGGGGGCGUCCAGCACCGAAACCAACAAGAGUCAGCCUGCCAUCGAGAUUCAAGGUCCCAUCGAACACUUAAAGAGGGUCACAGUUACUGUUUCCUUGGUGACCAAAGACCCUCCACACCGACCUCACCCCCACUGCCUUGUGGGUAAAGACUGCCCGAAUGGAUCAGGAAUCUGCGUGGUCACGCUCAACCCUCACAGCAACCGACGUCACAGCUUUAGUAACCUUGGGAUCCAGUGUGUGAGGAGGAAAGAGCUGGACAUUUCACUUCAGAAGAGAAGAAGCCAAAAUAUCGACCCCUUUCAAACUGGUCACACAAAGGGCAUUGAGGACAUGGACAUGAACGUGGUACGUCUGUGUUUUCAGUGUGACUUUGAGUGGGACGACGGGGGGAAGGACUGUCUCAGCCCAGUGCUGUCCAACCCCAUCUAUGACAAGAAGGCCACGACCACAUCUCAGCUGAAGAUCGGACGUUUUAACCAGUACAGAGGCUCCUGCGCCGGCAAGACGGAAAUCUACAUGUUGUGUGACAAAGUGCAGAAAGAUGACAUCGAGAUCAUCUUCAGACGAGGCUCGUGGAAGGCGUGCGGGGAGUUUGCGCAGACAGACGUGCACCGGCAGAUCGCCAUCGUGUUCAAGACCCCGCCCUACCAGGAGCAGGACCUCACGGAGGAGGUGGAGGUCAGCGUGGUCCUGCGGCGGCUCUCGGACCAGAUGGAGAGCGAGUCGAUCACCUUCACGUACCUGCCGCACAACCCGGAUCCAUAUGAGGUGAAACGGAAGAGAAAGAUAAAGUCAGACAUCAGCUUCAGAGAGAAGUCGUGUGGGACAGCAGACGGAGCCCCUGCAGCGGAGCAGCCCUUUCACUUCCCGCAGCCUCAGACCAUGAUGCCCUCGGAGGACCGGCUCUGUGCCCCCGAGCCCGGGACCUUCGCUCUAGGGGAGAUGCAGUACAGCGAGCCCCAGGACUCCGACACCGACACAACGACAAUCAUCAACCAGAUCCUAGAAAUACCUGAACUGCGGGAAAUGCUUUCUGACCCGAGCUUCAACAUGUCCCUGUCCUCUGGCUUUGAGCAGGGGCCCGAUGCAAACCUCUCGUUUGCAAACAUGGAUUUGAACUUAAACCAGAACUUUAGCACAUACUCUCAGGACUUUUCCCAUUACAGCGACUUGCAGUUCAACAUGCUCGUCAAUGAGAGCCAGGCUCCGCAGGCAGAGGCCCAGGACAGCCCCUCCAACAUGGUCCAGGUGAAGACAGAAGAAGAGCUAUGAGGGCGGGACCGUCGGGGUCAUGAAGCGCCCUCACACACUCUCCACUGUAAAAUAAACAUUUUGGGUAACAUUUUGGUCAUAGCUCCUAUUUGCGUUCUUGCUUAGAAUGACCAUAUCAGUGAUAUCUAUCUCUGCAAUGAAGUAAAUAGGUGUAUUUCCCAAAAUGUUCUCCCUUGACUCCUCUGGAUUUACAGCCAGAUGAUGCUGCUCCGGCUGCUUGCACUGUGAAGCUGUCUGUCCUCUCACUAAUGUCUUUGUCUGAAGACCUUGCCGGUCAAGGCUUUAAGAAACAAGUCAACAUUCCAUCAUAUGUGGCAGGGAAUGCUGCCAGCAUUAAUGGUCAGAAGGUGAUUCCCAGUCAAUGUGGGUCUUUAAAAGAGAACUCCUUAACAUCGUAACCUAGGAAACAACAGAAACCCUCUCAUGAAUUGCCUUCCAAUGUACUAAAUGAUUAGUGAGGUCACUUGUAAAUGUUGAAAUGUAAUCUUUGUCUAAGAUCUAUUAUGUUUGCUUUCACAUGAUUUUGGGAGAAAAACACGACUUCCUACAAGAAGUUGACGAAAAGUCUCAAGUAGUAGUUUCAGAUCUGCGCUUCACAUUGUCUUCUCUGAUGUAGCUGUCACACUAGCUGGCUUAAUAUUUAAUCAAACUAAAUGCAAUAGAAACCAGUCCUUCUCUUAUUUAUAGCUCUGUCUGUGUCACUUCUCAUUGUUCUGCAGUUUCACUCUUGUGCGAAACAGUCAAAUUCCUCUUUCACAUGUCCAACUUCACCCCCUCACUGGGGGCAUGUUUGGGUCCAUAAUUCAUCAAAUAAAAUGUCCGUCUGUUA